AUGACCACCGAGGUGGAAUCAGAUGCUAUCGUAGACGAAAAGCCGAAAAAGCCAGCAACCCAUGCUGAGCAUGGUGCAGCGGAUCUUGAAAAAGUCACCGACUUUGUUGAAGAAACGGAAUUGUCUGCCGGCUUUGGUGAUGCGGUGAAGGCCGUAACCAACGAUGCUGAUAAGAAGUUCACACCGGUUCUUCCAAAGAUUAAGUUGAAGAAUGAAGACGUUGAACUCCUUGUAAGAGAAUUCGAAGUUAGUAAGCUGGUCGCUGAGAAGAAGCUCAAGGAGUUCCAAGGCAAUGUUCGUCUUGCUCUUCUCGCCAUGUCCAGAUAG